UUUUAUUUUGUUAUCUUAAAUUUUGGUGAGAUCUAAAUCUCUCAGUGUCUAUCAUUUCGGUUCCCUGUCUUUUAUCCCUUUAUUCCCUUUAGAACACUGAUUCUCAGCCCAGAUCUCAUUUUUUGUGUAAUUUGCGGGUACCCAUUUGCUUCUUCAAUCAGAAGCUGUAUGUUGAUCAGCCAAUAACGUUGAUGUAUGCAAAAUCCCGAAUAAAUCUAUAUUAACUCGUUAUUCUUUCACACUACAGUCUUGAGGUAUCAUUUAAGAAGGUUUAUUUUGAUAGUGACACAAGACAGUUAUGAUAUUGUAGUGCUCAAAUCAGUAAGGGAAUAUCUAAACAUUUAGAGCUAGGGAAACGAUGAGGGGAAGAUCUGAUGGGAGCCAGAAGAAGCGAUUGAUCACUUCUGUGUGUGUGGUGGCAAUCUUUCUUGGAUUUGUAUAUUUUUACUAUGGAUCCAUCUUUGGCUCUCAAGAAUACGGUAACAAGUUGAGAAAACUUGGGUCACCUUAUUUUGGUGGGGAUGAUGAUUCUGAUGGAAAACAAGAUGAAACAAUGAAAUUUGGCCAGGAAGAUGGAGAGGAUGUUAUUGUACCAAAGAGCUUCCCUGUUUGUGAUGAUCGGCAUUCGGAACUCAUUCCCUGCCUAGACAGGCACCUUAUAUAUCAAAUGAGAAUGAAGCUGGAUCUCUCUUUGAUGGAACACUACGAACGACAUUGCCCUCCUCCUGAAAGGCGGUACAAUUGCUUGAUUCCUCCUCCAUCGGGGUACAAGAUCCCAAUUAAAUGGCCUAAAAGUAGAGAUGAAGUAUGGAAAGCAAACAUUCCUCAUACCCACCUUGCACAUGAGAAAUCUGAUCAAAACUGGAUGGUUGUUAAAGGAGACAAAAUUUCGUUUCCUGGAGGUGGCACGCACUUUCACUAUGGAGCUGAUAAAUAUAUUGCUGCAAUUGCAAAUAUGCUUAACUUCUCAAACGAUAACUUAAACAAUGAAGGAAGGCUGAGAACAGUUCUGGAUGUUGGUUGUGGUGUCGCUAGUUUCGGUGCUUAUCUUUUGUCAUCUGAGAUCAUUACGAUGUCCUUGGCACCUAAUGAUGUUCAUCAAAACCAAAUUCAGUUUGCCCUGGAAAGAGGAAUUCCUGCAUAUCUUGGUGUUUUGGGGACCAAGAGACUCCCUUACCCAAGCAGAUCUUUCGAGCUUGCCCAUUGUUCACGUUGUAGAAUAGACUGGCUUCAAAGAGAUGGUAUCCUUCUUCUCGAGCUUGAUCGUUUACUUAGACCAGGAGGCUAUUUUGCAUACUCCUCUCCUGAAGCUUAUGCACAAGAUGAAGAAGAUCUUAGGAUUUGGAAAGAAAUGAGCACCCUUGUGGAACGAAUGUGUUGGAGAAUAGCUUCUAAGAAAAACCAAACUGUCAUUUGGCAAAAACCUCUGACAAAUGAUUGUUACCAUCAAAGAGAACCUGGCACACAACCUCCUCUUUGUCGGUCUGAUGAUGAUCCAGAUGCAGUCGGGUCUGUGCCUAUGGAAGCUUGCAUUACUCCUUACUCUGAUCAUGACCAUAAAUUUAAGGGAAGUGGUUUGGCUCCUUGGCCAGCUAGAUUGACUUCUCCUCCUCCUCGACUUGCUGAUUUUGGCUAUUCUAAUGAAAUGUUUGAGAAGGAUACAGAACUUUGGAAACAUAGAGUAGAGAAUUAUUGGAAUCUCAUGAGUCCAAAGAUAGAAUCGAACACUCUGCGGAACUUGAUGGACAUGAAAGCAAAUUUAGGGUCAUUUGGAGCUGCUCUUAGAGGGAAAGAUGUUUGGGUUAUGAAUGUUGUCGCUGAAGAUGGACCAAAGACGAUGAAGGUGAUAUACGAUAGAGGAUUGAUUGGCGCUGUUCACAACUGGUGUGAAGCUUUUUCGACAUAUCCCAGGACUUACGAUUUGCUGCAUGCUUCAACGGUCUUUUCCGACAUUGAGAAGAAAGGGUGUAGUGCUGAAGAUUUGCUACUAGAGAUGGAUCGCAUUCUCAGACCUAGCGGUUUUAUAAUCAUUCGCGACAAACAAUCAGUGGUAGAUUUUGUAAAGAAAUAUCUAGUGGCAUUGCAUUGGGAAGCUGUAGCAACAGCUGAUUCGAGUUCCGAAUCAGACGGUGAUGGAGAUGAAACUGUGUUUAUUAUCCAAAAGAAAUUAUGGAUAACAAGUGAAAGUCUCAGAGAUGAAGAAUAGAAAAGAAAAGUAUCGUCCUUCCGUUGUUUUCUCAAACGCUCCGACGGAUUAAGGAAGAAGGUUACGUCGGGGAUUGGCGCAGUAAACAAUUUCAUUUUGUAGCAUUAAGGCGAUUUUCAAUUAAAUUUUUUUCCUACCUUUUUUAUUUGAUAUAAUGAUUCAAUUUGAUAGGGAUGAUUGAACUAUCAACAAUUUAAGCUUCUAUAGGGUAUUCUUGUUUAUUUACUUCAGCUAUGGAUGAAUAAUCACACGCAACACAAUGUGCAGCUGAAGUUGAGAACUGAACUGUGGCUUCUAAUUGUCUAAUUAUUUAUGAAAUAUUAUAUUUGCAUUCUAAGUUA